AUGAGCGCAAGCCGCCUCCAGCGUCGCGCGUGCGCCCCGGAACCCCGCGGUCGGGGUCGUUCUGCCGUUCCUAAACGCACAAACUCGAGCAUAGCAUUCUCCUGUACCUCCCUCGACGUGGCAUUACACGCGUGCGGAUCGCUAUCCAUCACCCCCUCAUCCCCGUCCUCCUCGUCCUCCUCUCCCUCGCCUCCGACGAGUCCAGAUGAAGAGCCCGACGCGCUCGACUUGCCCCCCGACGCGCCGACGGACGGUGACGAUGACCAGCCCGAGAUCGAGUCCACUGCGUCUGUAAUCACGCGGGACCACACCACGCCAUAUCCGAUCUAUCCGACGCACAAGCAGAAAGACCCCCGCCUCGCCCGGGUAGCUGAGCCCUCUGCAUGUACGCCCCGCCCACGGCCGCAGAAAGGGCGGAGUACGCUGGGCCGGUCGCCGCUCAGUACGACCAUCACAUUGCCUGCCGAUGUCUUGCCAUAG